AUGCCACCCAUGCAUAAUAAAAAAUUAAAAACCUACCAAAGAAAACGACGACACGGAAUCCCCUCCGGGCCUUCUCAACGACAUUCAAGUACCAAACCUUCUCAACUUCUAUCACGUCGUCUUAAGUCCUCGGGAGUCUCAGAGACUUCGAGUAACACGGGUCAAGAGUCAGAUAGUGACGUGAUUGUGAAAAGGAGAAGUGUUUUAAGACGCGAUGGAAAAUUUAAUAUUAGUUUGGCCGUUGCGGAUGUCAUUGAUUAUGGCUUGAAAGAAGGUGCGCGACCUGAACUAAUCUUUUUGAUAGUCAUAUUCGUCAAUCUUUUCUCUGGAAAGAAGAGUGUAUCAACCGGUCACCAUUUCUCGUCGUCUUUAAACCACUUUUACGACUGCUUGAUGGAAGGCGGAUUGACCAGAGGCGAGAGGGUUAACUAUCUUGAUGAUAGGCGCUUGGCGCGUGAUUUUAAAUUGGGAAUUGUCACAUUGCUUUGUCGACCUGAAGAUCGCUCAAAGAAAAAGUUAUCGAUAGAUAAGAUCACAUGCGCUAUUCCAAAUCUCAUCAAGAAGGUCAAGGUAUACCGACCAAAAUAUCUAUGCUUCAUAGGGAGGCCGAGGAAGGUGAAAUGGGGAUUACAAUCCACGAAACUUACCUGGAAUGAGGAGAGGCAUCCGAAUUAUACAAGGAUAUUUGUGACCAUGCCAACAAGCGAACGCGCCGAAGAAUACAGCAAGGAGGAUCGUGUUAAUUCCUUUAGAGAGUUGAACAGGCUAUUGUUCGAAGAGGAGGUUCCGCAAGUCGGAGAAGCAGGAGGUGACACUAGCCACGAAGAUGAAGAAAGCGACAUAGAUCUCUUGAGCGAACACUCAAAUACCUUGAACGUGUAUGAUCACAGUUUAUUCGAUCGGGUCAGCUUUUCGCGUUCAAGUAAUAAUCCUGCCGGUUGCGACGUCCAAAAGAAGCUUGCGAGGCGUGAUCAAUGCGACAGAAUUGAAAAGGAGAUUGUAGGAAUGAUCGAAGAGCUGCAGUGUGACAUGGAAGUCAACUUCCACGAAGAUCAAGAUCAAUGUACGCCGUCUUUCCGUUAUAACGGCCAUCCCCAUUUGCCUGGCGGUAACUUUAUGAAGGUACCGUCACAGAAUGACAGUGGCAUAACCGAUGCAUGUGACGAAUAUUCAGCCGUUACCCCAAGUUCAAGGGUAUACUCGUGGAUAUGUCAAGUGCAUGGCGAGAUGAAUGGCGUCGAAGAUCGAGGUAACAACGGACCGGACUUUACGCCGCCCAAGUCUUUCAAGGCGAUAAGAUGGUAG